ACGCAGUCCUCGUCCGCGUUGGAGAAUUCUUUGCCGCACCCUUUGUGGACACACUUGGAUGCCAUUUUGCAACCUAACGCGAGUAUCCUGUAGAUUCAACGAGCGAAGGAAAAACUUAUAUGAUAGAAAAAAAUUGAAAUCGGGAGCAAAAGUUGGGAAACUUCGUUUGCUGCUUCAAUUAUCGCCAAUCAAUCCCGAUCAAGCUUAGUGCGGAGAGCUCGAAGAUUCCACCGAGUUGGAGAAAAACAAAAGCACAUCUACCACCCGAUCAGACCCAUUCAGUCUAUUCAACGCAGUUCAACUUACGCACUACUUUGUACACAAUUGAAAAUGUUUCCUACAAGAGCCCUCCUUCAAGCCGCCCGCGUCACUCUCUUCACCCGCGCCGGCUGCGGGCUCUGCGACACAGCCAAACACACCGUCGUCCAACUGAACAAGCGCAAACCCUUCAACUACGAGGAAUUGGACAUCAUGAAUCCUGUCAACAAACAAUGGAAAGAUGUUUACGAGUUCGAUGUGCCCGUUCUCCAUGUCCAGUCUGUCCGAGACCAGCAGAUCUCCGAUUUGAAGAAGCUGUUCCAUCGGUGGACCGAACAGGAGGUUGAGAAUUUGGUCGACGAGGCGGAGAAGAAACAAUAAUUUAUUCGCAUACGCGUGGAUAAUACAAGAUGGUUAUGCAAGAUACUCUAUUUGGAUAUCAUUAUCUUCUGAUAAAGUGGGGGGGGGGUCUAGGAGCUGGCGGUUUCCAGCGCGUUAGAAAGGAAUGUGGGAAGGGCGACAACAUCAGCAACAACGGAGAUCUACAGAGAGAGUUAGUGAUAUUCUACACGUCUUAGUGAUGUGUCUCUUACCAUGUGGAAGCCCUGGUCCGCGUACUUCUUCGCAGCUGCACCGCCCGCGCAGUAAAUACCGACUCUCUUACCAUUGUCCACAGCUGCCUUGUAU